AUGGCCAGCAAGUAUUUCAGCCUGGCUGGGAGAAGGGCACUUCGGCAAGUUGAGAUCUGCCUUGAAAUAGGAUCUGGAUCUGGUGUGGUUUCAACAUUUCUAGCUUCUUCCAUUAUCGGAUCCAGUGCACUGUACAUAUGUACAGAUAUCAACCCAAUGGCAGCUUACUGUACACUGGAGACAGCUCUGCUUAACAAUGUUCACCUUCAGCCAAUCAUUACUGACUUGGUCAAAGGACUGUCUCCAAGAUUAAAUGGGAAGAUUGAUCUACUGCUGUUUAAUCCACCGUACGUGGUAACACCUUCUGAAGAGGUGGAAAGCCAUGGAAUAGAGGCAUCCUGGGCUGGUGGCAAAAAGGGCAGAGAAGUAAUGGAUAGAGUUUUUCCAUUAGUACCAGUCCUACUUUCACCAGGAGGAUUAUUCUACUUGGUCACAAUUAAAGAAAAUAAUCCAGAUGAAAUUCUGGAAACAAUGAAGAAAUGUGGCUUAGAAGGCACACGAGUACUUUCCAGACAAGCAGGACAAGAGAUGCUUACUAUCCUCAAAUUUAGGAAGCCUUGAUGACUG